AUGUCGCUCAAGCAAGAGAUUGAGACUUGGGUCGCUGCGCUGGCAGCAUACGACAACAACGAGUUCGACAAUGCCAUCAAAUGCUUCGAGCAGAUCGCCGACACGUCCAAGAUCCUCUUCAACUGCGGAGUCAUCCAUGCCACCUUGGGAGAGCAUACCAGGGCUGUAGAAUGUUACCAAAGAGCUGUCCAGCUGGACCAAUACCUCGCCAUAUCGUACUUCCAGCAGGGCGUGAGCAACUUUCUCAUGGGUGACUUUGAGGAAGCGCUGGCCAACUUCAAUGACACUCUGCUGUACCUGCGCGGAAACAACAACAUCGAUUACGAACAACUGGGCCUGAAGUUCAAGCUCUACUCUUGCGAAGUGCUAUUCAAUCGAGGUCUUUGCUAUAUCUAUUUGCAACAGAAGGAUGCCGGUAUGCAAGACCUGAUCUUUGCGACACGGGAGAAGAUGGUACCAGACCAUGAUGUGAUAGACGAGGCCAUCAGAGAGCAAGCAGAAGGGUACACAGUCUUCUCGAUACCUGUCGGAGUGGUGUAUCGACCGAAUGAAGCAAAGGUUAAGAACCUCAAGACGAAGGAUUACCUUGGCAAGGCGAGACUAGUCGCAACGCAGGACCAACAGCACAACAAUCCACGACGACAGGCAGCGCUUGCGGCGAUGGGCGUUGACGACAGACCUGGCGAGAAGCUGUCCUACGCAGCAUUGAACCUCGUUCGACCAGACCUACGAAGUAGAUCGACGAGACAGCAAUCUGAGCCUCCGUUACAUCGCCAAGUAUUCCCUCCAACUCCACCACCAGAGCUCGAAAGACCCGACUCAGCACACGGCAGACGCAUAUCCACAGACAGCAGCAACUCAGACAGAUCCAACAGAUCCACAAAAUCCAGUCUCCAACAAGCGCGACCGGCAGCAAAACCUCUCCGACUCGAACUCGGCGUCGCGGCGUUCGAGCAGAAAUCCGCCGCCGAACGAGCAUCAGAGCGACCUCGGCUACAACCCAAAAGGUCGGAGUCUGAACGCCCAGCCAUGCGACGAGAAUUCUCAGGCAGCUCAACUCGAUCGCAAGAAAGCAGAUAUCGUGAUCGCGAACGCGAACCGCAGAGAUCCAGCCAAAACAGUAAUCGAGACCGGCACAUCCCGGAAGUGCGGAUCGAGGAAGACCCGAUCGCAGCGUAUAGUGAUAAGGCAUCGCAACACCACACUAUCACAUCAGCACAGGCACAUAUUAAUCAGCGGUCAAGAUCCAGUGCACAUCGGAGCCAGCCCGUCCCGAUUGAGGAGGAAGAGGGCGAGGGUGAGAAUUACAGUCCGUCGGAUUCUGUCACUUCACCGCUGGCGUUUGAGAUUGUGCCGCCGAAAGGCGUGUAUUCUUCACAUCAACGGCAUCCCUCGCAGCAAUCGAGGCGUGCGCCGGAGGUGAGGAAGGUGAGGGUUAAGGUGCAUGCGGAGGAUUUGAGAUAUGUCAUGACUACGCCAUCUGUGAGUUUCGAGGAAUUCUCGCAGCAGAUACGGGCGAAGUUUUCGAUCAAGGGUGGGUAUAAGCUGAAGAUGAAGGAUGAGGAGGGGGAUAUGAUUACGAUGGGGGACCAGGAUGAUUUGGAGAUGGCAAUGGGGAUGUGUAAGGCUGCUGCUAGGAAGGAUAUGGCAGAUAUGGCGAAGAUGGAGAUUUGGGUACAGGAAAUCUCUUGA